AUGGAAAUGAAUCGUUUACUAUGGCUGAAAAACUUUGAUCUUGGGGCAGAUGCUGCUGAAAUGGGCUUUCUGGGACGAACCGUUGGGCACGCACGUCUGGACAUGGUCCAGAGUACAGACAUCCGAGAGUAUCUUGGUGCAUCGCUGCCCAUUUUCCAGUUUGAGAAUUACAACUGUGAUGGUGUUGACGGGUACUUCGAAUGUUUCUACAGCGAAAUAGCGAAACAGCUACCACUUGUCUAA